AUGAGACUAAACACGGAGUGUCUUCAAGGUUUUAUUGGAUAUUACAUAAAAUUUUCGGGUUUCAACGAAACGGACCUCAAAUGUGUGAGAAUUCUGGUAAGUUGAUAGAUGGAAUAUACGUUAGAACUCUUUUUCAGCGCUUAACGCGACGUUCACGCCGCCUUUUCCUCGAUGAUUACUCCGUCGCCAUUGAGUAUUGGUUAGUCCCGAUUUAAGUGUAUUACUGUGUAUAUUAAUGCCUUUAUUCUAUUUUUGAACAAAAUAAUUCUCAAUCCUAGCAGAUUUCGCGUACACUAUCCGCGCUGUUUCAGCGAAGACAAGCCACGUGUGAGAAUUGCAUUAACAGAUGUUACGAAAAAGGAGGCUGAGCUAACGGUGGGGCAUCUUUGUGGCCCGAUUUGAAUUGUUUAGUUUUUGGCCAAAUCUUAAAAUUCUUUUUUCCCCCUGAAUCCUCAGACAACCCCAUUUUGUUUGAUACCAAAUAUGUUAUACAUAGUAAGUGUAUAUAUGGAUGGUUAGUUAUAAAUUUCAUUUUUCAUUCCGUUCAAAAGUGUGCAAUUCAGUCCACGGAGGCACUUUGGACUAAAAUUGGGGAAUCAAGUCCAUUUGGGCGCAAAGUUGCAAUUUUAAUCCGUUCUCCGGACUAAAAUCAGCAAAGUCAGUUUACGGAACGAACAAUUUUUUUUUUGUCCGCGGACUUUUUUCGUUUCUCCAGGCAACGGACCGAAUUCAGCGAUUUUGGUUUAUCCAGCAAACUCUUCGGGGACAGUUGACCCCGGGCCCGGGGCUCAAAAAAAAUUUUUUAUUUCACUUGGUUCACGAUGUAUUUUCUGAAUGAAGGAAACUGGGAAUUUUUCCAAAAAGGAAUUUUUACCAAGAGCAGGCUACCCCAUUUGAUUUUACGUCUAGAUUGCCCGUUUUCUGGACGGAUAACCCACCAAACUUUGUAAUUUUGUGAAGCUUGUUGCCUCAUGGAUAAUGUAAGUCAAUUUAUCUUUUUUUUCGCUAAAACAGUGUAAAAGUGGACAGUUAUAGGUGUGCAAACUAGAUUAAUUUUACCAUAUAAAGACAGCUAAUGUUAUGAAAGACCAGGUUAACCUUGAGUACCAAGUACAACAUAAAAUUUUCGUAAAUUUAGCUGUGUCUGGUUGGAAAUUGGUGUUACAAUGAAGCUAAAAACCUAUAAAACUGUCCAGGUAUAAAUGUAGGUCAGCGUACUGGGUUGUUUUACCAUGCAAAAGUGGCAAAUUUAACGUAAUAGCAGUUUUAACGAGGGACCGAACGCCAGGACCUAGUACAAUAUAAAAUUUUUGUAAAACUCGCACCUUCUGGUUCGAAAUUGACAUUAGAACCAAGCUAACAUCCUACUCUACCCUUAGCUAUAAUUAAGUUUAAAAAGUUUUGGUCGAAUCAACGAAAUAAACAUUAUAUUAUCUAUGGAGCAACAAGCUUCACAAAAUUCUAAAAUUUGAUAGGUUAUCCCAAAAGAAAACGGGCAAUCUAGAUAGGAAAUCGAAUAGAAAAGCCUACCCUUGGUAAAAAUCCUUUUUUGAGCAAAUCCAAGCUGUUAUCAAUCAGAAAGUACAUCUUGAACAUAGCGAAAUAAAAAAAAUUUUUGAGAAGAAGCCCGGGGUCAUCUGUGCCUCUGUGAUUUGUUUGGAAUUUUCCAAACCACGGACAACUCCAAAAAAUCCGAGCAAACAAAUCAAGAAGUCCAUGGAUCAAAAAUCAGUGGACUAGAUUUCCGGAAACCUGUCCACACGACGGACUGAUUUGCGUUUGUCUGAACGGCAAACCAAAAGUGGCGAUUUUUGUUUGCACCACGGACAGGAUUUCCCGAUUUUAGUCCAAAGUGCCUCCGUGGACUGAAUUGCACACUUUUGAACGGAAUGAAAAAUGAAAUUUAUAACUAACCAUCCAUAUAUCUACAGUUGUUGGAUUUAUUCUUGGAGUUCAUUUUUUCGGUUGUUUUUUCGCUCUUUCCCGGUGUGUCCGGAAAUGGAGCACGGUGCGGAAGAAAAAUACGGUGGAAUUUCCCCUCCCGAAAAUCGACGAUGAGAAUAAGAACAAAAAAUGAAGAUCAACCUGCAGAAUUUGUCGAAUAGCCCUUGGUGAAGGCAUUCCCUCGGUUCUGGCCAAACUUCGUGUACUCAUAUGCGGAUUUUCUCGGAAUUUUGACAAAACUUCUUCAAUUUUCAGCUCCAUUCGUACCCAUCGUUCUUGCUUUUUUUGUUUCCUGUUAACGCUGCCAAUCUCAAGGAACUUAUUCCACCAACGUCAAAUUGCCUUGCGAUCUGGAGGUUAGGCAUUACGUCCGUAUUUCAUCCUGUAUUCCCUUUGAACAUUUAUCGCCGAGCCGUACUUGCCUUGCCAAACCACAGACCAAGCUUUUUCUUCCACACCGUACUCCAUUUCCGGACACACCGGGAAAGACCGAAAAAACAACCGAAAAACGACCGAAAAAAAUGAACUCCAAGAGUAAAUCCAAUAACUGUAGAUGAAACUUACUAUGUAUAACAUAUGUACAGUGCGCGCCAAAAUGAUAGAGCCACUCAAUUUUUCUGGAUUUAUUCUUUUAUGGUUAGGUGGGCCAAGCCGGCAUAAUGCAUAUAUGCAAUAACAUGAUAGACCUGCACUACGGCCACCAUAACUAAGGACUAGCCUGGCGCCCAAUCCAAAAAAAAUCAAAAAUUCGGACCUUCCCCCUCGGUCGACGCGUCAAAAUGAUAGAGCCACCGGAUUUUUCUCCUCGGUGGUGGCAGGCGGGGAUCUAUUGGUACUGUAGUCUGUUAAUAUUACUACUGCUAUUCACUGCUGAUGUGAAACGGUUACUGUAACUACCGGCCAUACGGUAGCUUUUGGCAAAAUUAGAAAAUUUUCCAAAUUUUGGGUAAAAUCGACCGGAAAUAAAUUUUCGGACGGUUGUAUCCGGGUGGAAAUGCCUUCAAAACAUAUUAGAAGGCCUAUAUUUUCUAACAGUAAUCAAUUUCCGUUGAAAUCAUAUCGACCAUAUACAAAGAAUGAUAUUAUAUUACUUUAGCAGAUGGACAGAUUCUAUAAUAAUGUCAAUUAUGCCAAUGUGGGAGCAUGGAAGUAAAACCAAACUUCCUGCUAGACUGCAACACACGAUAUAGAAUAUUUUCAUUUAACCUGGAAAGGCUGUAAAGUCUCGUACACCCUAGGAAUAAUGCCACAAGAGAAGCAAUUCUGGUUCUCUAGAUGACUACACCAAAGUUUCUCUGUAGUUGUUUAUCAUUACGUUAUUGCUGAGUUAAUCAUGCUACGUUACGCACAAAAAGAUCCGCACUCGUCGUUUCAAAACCCGAAGCCAUCAUAUUCUGACGCUAGUGAUGCCACCAAAAUAUCGUUUUUUCGGGUAUAACUUUGGUAAACUUCAUAAUACCGUUAGCAAUUUGAAUAAAGGAAUUAUUGAAUUCGGUCCUGUUAUAGUAAUCUAUGGUCCUUUUGCAAUUGUACCACAAGUUCUGGGGCCGCUUCUCAGACUCAUACAUAAGCAAUACACAUUAUUAUAGAAUCUGUCCAUCUGCUAAAGUAAUACAGUGUGUCCCAGGUUUUUGGUUCCACCCCAUUUUUUGAUCAUAUCUCGGGGGGUUUUCUCUCAAAUGUCAUGAAAUUUUACACAAGUGUUAAUCAACCUUUAAGAAAACGCUAUGCGAAGUUUCAUCCCAUUUGACUUCAAUACUCUGACAUUAUGGCGAUUUUUUAAAAAUUUUGGGUGUCCCAGGUUUUUGGUUCCACUUGGAGAUUUGCGAGUUUUUGGUCCGGUUUUUGAACCAACCUGCUCUUAAUACGAUUCCUCGUGUUCUCUGUAGUAUAAGAAAGGGUAUUACAUUUGGAUCUAUCGUACUUUAUCGACGCAGUGGUCCCACGAGCCAUCUCCGACCUUAUACAUGAAGUAAACAUUGGUUUUGAAAAAAAUCCCGAUUAGUGAUUUACUUCCGGCAAGAAACGACUUAGACUACUUGUAGCAAAUGUAGGGUGUAAAACAAACCGAUACCGAUUUGUUUGAAGUCAUUUAAUCGACCUGUUAAGUCAUUUAAGCUACCGUAUACCUUCUACCGUAAACUUCAAAGACCCUAAAAGUACAGAAAAUUACUAUCCAUGGGAACUUUUUGCUCAGAAAAUCAAACUCAGCAUGACUUGUUAACAAACCUACAGUUGCAUCAUUGUUAACAAACAUACAGCUGCAUCUUAUUGCUUGCUGAAAUGUUCUAUCCGCCGCAGGUGGUUGGUUCAAGGAUAAAUGGGUAAAAGCAAGCCUAUUUUGGCCUAUUUUUCGGAACUUUUUUGUAGAACGAACUUUACAGACCCGAUUUAUUUUGAAACGGCUAAUGAUUGUAGCAUUACGUUUUCAGGCACGCUGCGUUCAAAUUCGCCUUUCAAAUUUUGUGAUUCUCGUCCAUUCCUCUUGGUAUUUCGGGGUAUAAAGUGUUACGGUAGCUGCUUGUUGAAGAUGAUAUGCCAAGAAAAUACUCGAGAUCAUUGAGCAAGCCGCUUUUUUUCAUCAAGUAGAUGCACACUAUAUAAUUUUACAGCAUUGGCUAGUUUAAUGCCCAAAAAACUGCCUGACUUACUUUUUUUUCAGAACCAAUCUUUAUCUCAUGUACAAGGUCGGAGAUGGCUCAUAGCGCCACUCCGUCGAAAAAGUAAGGCAGAUACGAAUGUAAUACCCUUUCUAAUACUACAGAGAACACGAGGAAUGGUAUUAAGAGCAGGUUGGUUCAAAACCGGACCAAAAACUCGCAAAUUUCCAAGUGGAACCAAAAACCUGGGACACCCAAAAUUUUAAAAAAAUUGCCAUAACGUCAGAGUACUGAAGCCAAAUGGGAUGAAACUUUGCAUAGCUUAUUCUAAAAGGUUUAUUAACACUUGUGUAAAAUUUCAUGACAUUUGAGAGAAAACCCCCCGAGAUAUGAUCAAAAAAUGGGGUGGAACCAAAAACCUGGGACGCACUGUAUAAUAUCAUUCUUUGUAUAUGGUCGAUAUGAUUUCAACGGAAAUUGAUUACUGUUAGAAAAUAUAGGCCUUCUAAUAUGUUUUGAAGGCAUUUCCACCCGGAUACAACCGUCCGAAAAUUUAUUUCCGGUCGAUUUUACCCAAAAUUUGGAAAAUUUUCUAAUUUUGCCAAAAGCUACCGUAUGGCCGGUAGUUACAGUAACCGUUUCACAUCAGCAGUGAAUAGCAGUAGUAAUAUUAACAGACUACAGUACCAAUAGAUCCCCGCCUGCCACCACCGAGGAGAAAAAUCCGGUGGCUCUAUCAUUUUGACGCGUCGACCGAGGGGGAAGGUCCGAAUUUUUGAUUUUUUUUGGAUUGGGCGCCAGGCUAGUCCUUAGUUAUGGUGGCCGUAGUGCAGGUCUAUCAUGUUAUUGCAUAUAUGCAUUAUGCCGGCUUGGCCCACCUAACCAUAAAAGAAUAAAUCCAGAAAAAUUGAGUGGCUCUAUCAUUUUGGCGCGCACUGUAUUUGGUAUCAAAUAAAAUUGGGUUGUCUGAGGGGUAAUUGAAUAUUCGGGUGAUGCGCACUCGAGUAGUGAAAAUUUGGGUGAGCAAACUCGGGUGGUGAAAAUUCGGGUGAUCGAUUUUUGGGGUGGGUGAAUAUUCGGGUGAGGAAGAAAAUAUUGUAUUGAUGGUUAAUAAAUAUACUGUAACAAUAUUAAAAUUUUUAAGUUGAAAUUUUUGGUUUUCGAGCAUAAGGCAUCCAAAAAUGAAGUCCGUUUCGCUCGAAUAUCAAUGCCAACGCUAUUAUUAUCGUUAUAAUGAGUAAAGGAUUGUAAAAUCAAAUACUACUGAUGACGCAAAAUUGUAAAUAAUUAAAAAUAAACUUUUUCAUCAGUUUUUUGGAGCGUUUGAUAAUGGAGAAUUCAGAUUCGCCAACAGGUCGGGCAUUGAUAUUCGAGCGAAACGGACUUGAUUUUUGGAUACCUUAUGCUCGAAAAACCUAAAAAUGAAUAAAAAACCAAAAAUUUCAACUUAAAAAUUUUAAUGAUGUUACAGUAUGUUUAUUAACCAUCAAUACAAUAUUUUCUACAUCACCCGAAUAUUCACCCACCCCAAAAAUCCAUCACCCGGAUUUUCACCACCCGAGUUUGCAUCACCCGAACAAGCGAUCACCCGAGUACGCUCACCCGAAUUUUCACCACCCAAGUGCGCACCACCCCAAUAUUAUCAACCCCGGGAAAGAUACCCCGACCUGUAUAUUUCGUCAUGUGUGGAGCCGGUUGAUAUACUGUGGUUUAUUCCGUAUGUAGACAGUCUUACGUUGGGGAAAUACGAUGGGAAGCUGAUUCGUGAUGACGCAGUGGAAAGUGAAUCGAAGAAGAGCAAAUGUGAGGCUUUGAAAUUACUGUAGUUAUGCGAUAUGUAAUAUGUAUUUGAUAUGCUUGUGUAUCUUUUAGUCAUAAAUAGAUCACUUUAUUUCACUUACGCGUUUAUUGUAUAUCGCACUUUCCAGUUGAUGACGAAGAAAAAGUUUGGAAGGAAUACGAGGAAGUUACAAUCCGCCUUAUAAAGUCGCUAGAAAAGUAAGAUCACCUUCAGUAUUGAGCCCUUUUCGCAGUGUUAAGAUGAAGAAUAUCGCUUGCAAUAUAGGACAAAUAAAAGUCCUCUCCCACUUAUUGAUCGCUGAUACUUGGAUCGUCAGUAAUGAUGACUUUACUGUAGAGAGAUAUAACAAGCGUCUGAUUGUUGAGGUCUCGAGCCCUCACAAAUGCUUGGUAGACUUCCUGGACCUCGCAUAGUAAGUCUAUGUACAUAUAUAUAUAGCUAAAUAUUAGCGGGACAAAAUGUGAUGAUACAGAGAAAUUGGAAAUUUUAAUCUUGGACGGAUACGAAGAUUGCCAUAUCACUGACAUACAUAAGUUACAGGAGUAUUUGCCACUCUUGCAAAACAUCAUAAUCUACUGGAAUGUAGGUAGAACACUCUUAAUCUCAUCCUCUUUUGCAUAGUAUGACGGUGGAAACCUGGCAACAGCCAUUGUCGAACCUUUGAUGGCAACAAAGUUUGAACGGCCAAUGAAAAUCACCAUCGCGACGGAUGAUAGUUAUGUAAGUAUAAGAUGAGAAAAUUCAUUCAAAUUCUCAGUCGGACGACGAUUAUAUCAUAGAAAUGGUAAAUCUUAUUCUGAAAUGGAGGGAAUUGGACCCAAAUGUCAGCAUCAAACUCUGCAUCACCGACAAAUAUGGAAUUGAAGACCAACUUAGCGAUGAGGUCUUACACGAGUUCAAAAAAAUAGCGUCGACACCGGACUGGCCUCAAGAAUAUAGCUUUCUUGGCGAUCGGCUCGAAGUUAUCGUGACUGAAGUAGGUUUUCGACCACAUGUAUCAAAGGAAAUCGGAUUUUUUAGGAAAUUGAUUGA